GUUCAGCCCAGCAGCGUCGCCUUUGCCUACCCACCAGCUUCGGGAAGGGGCUGACUUUCUGGCUCCGCUGCCGAUCCUCCCGCACUCCCUCCGUUCAAGAGGGGAUAAACACUGAGAGUUAAAGUCCAAGCCGGGCAGCGUUGCAGUUUCAGCGUUAGCGGCGAUUUUAAUUUAUUUUUAUCCCCCCUCCCUCUCUCUCUCUCGCUCCCUCCACUCACGCGACUCAAUUGUUGCCGUUGGACCAAACGGGAUUGAACUUGAAACGAACCCGCAGACAUUUUGUUAUUUCUGAGAUUUCUUCUUCACUUUUUUCAUCCCUGUGGCGGCAGUUGGCUGCGGGGAGCGAGCCGCGAGCUGUGAGGGGGCCAACGGCACGAGGCGAAACACGGUCGGCGUUCACCUUCCGCUCCACUCGCGGGCUGCAUCCAAACAUUUACUGCACGCACGGCGUUAUUAAUUUACCUGCGCUGAGCUCGCGACGCUGCCGCUCGUGCGUUAAAGCGGAAAGCUUACAACGGCGAUGAAUCAUUUUGACUGACAGCUUUUGAAGAAUUAGCUAGCUUUAGCCAGCACUGAUGGUGCUUUCCUGCUCACGCUAAAGCAGUAAAUACGGGGUCGGGACAACCCAGACAGGACACCGACUAUUUUGCCUCUCUAACGGCCGCAAAGUGCAUCACUUAUAAUCGGCUUAAUUUUAUAUUUAUUUAUUUUUGUUUAAAAGAGGUGGUGGGGUGGGGGGAGUCCCCUAGCUACUGUUAGCUAGUCAUCCUGCUAACGCUGGACAGCUCCUGUGUACGGCUGGGCUAGCUUUGGACAAAAGAAAGAGCAACGCAAGGGGAAAUAUAAACAUCGUGUUUGGGAAGGAGAGCAACAAACAAGGAACUGACAUGAUGUUUCCACAAUCAAGGCACUCAGCCUCAUCGCAGCAGCUGAAAUUCACGACCUCUGAUUCCUGUGACAGGAUCAAGGAUGAGUUCCAGUUUCUUCAAGCACAAUACCACAGUUUGAAGCUCGAGUGUGACAAGUUGGCCAGUGAGAAGUCAGAGAUGCAGCGCCAUUAUAUCAUGUACUAUGAGAUGUCCUACGGGCUCAACAUCGAGAUGCACAAACAGGCUGAGAUAGUCAAGAGAUUGAAUGGGAUCUGCGCACAGGUCCUCCCCUACCUGUCUCAGGAGCACCAGCAGCAGGUCCUGGCAGCCAUAGAGAGGGCCAAGCAGGUCACCCCCCCAGAGAUGAACUCCAUCAUAAGGCUGCAGAUCCACAGCGAUGAGUGA